GACCCAUGUACUUUAUAUAUAUUAUUUAAUAAUUACCAAAGUUUUCCUUGUAAUUUCUAGUUUCACUUUUGUUUCUUUUACCUGAGCUGUGAAGAAAAGAGUUCAUAAUGCUUCAAUCAAGUCUGAGGAGAAUCUCAAGUCGGGUAUGAAACGGAGAAAUGCAAACUAUUUUUGUCAAUUAUGUAUGCACAAUGCCUGGCUCAAAUAUGACUAUAGUCCUUUACGAUUCUUGUCUUGGCAUGUGUAUUCGAAUAAAGGCGUGUAAAUAUGUCACAUUUCAAAUUUUGCCAUGAAUUGAUGAACACAAAUAGUUGUCGUUUUCAUAUGCCAGAAUAACAAUCGUAUAUGAGUGACUAAUUGUCUAGUUACCGGUAUAUAAAAUAACAGACGUACUAUAGCCCCUUGCCGGCUAGAGCCAGUCAUGCGCCCUUGCCGGGUAGACCCUGGGUAGUGGGUAGCCAGUGAUUGUGCAAGCCUCUGUUUGCUAGAGCCGGUCAUUGGGCCCUCGGGCUCUGCUGGCCAGAUAAUGGGCAGUUUCAGAUUUGACUGCUGCUUCUGACUGGCUUAAUAUGCAGUUGAUUGACCCUCUCUUAAAUUAUGUGGGUCAGUACAGUACCAAUAUAACUCUGUAAAUACCAUUCAUGUUACUGUGAUUGACAAGCCAUGAUUCAGGGCUAAAGUUCCUGAUCACAGUGUUUGGCAGUCCAAAACCUUCUGCCAAUAAUUUUUUCUGAUCCUUGAUCGUUGUGAUUGUCUGUCAUUUCAAGUCCUAUGAUUAUUCAUAAACGUCUCCAAAAUACAUUCUGCUGUCACCUAGUAUGUUGAAAUUACAUGAGAUAAUGAAACCAGCCAUGCUGUCCCUUCAAUUUACAGCAUAUUUGUCAACAAGUAAGAUAUACAUCUCGAUACUUUGGCAAGAAGAAACAGUUCCCUUCAAAUACGGUGAGUUGGGCAGUUACUUGCAAACAAAUCAUAGUUUUCUGAGAAAAGGACAAUGUUUUUUGUGAGAAUUAAAGCAUAAAAUCUAAAUGGAUUUAGUUCGUUAUUAUAGGUAAUAAAUUUUGUUCCUCAGCAAGAGGCGUGGGUCAUUGAAAGGUUUGGAAAGUUUUCUCGAGUUUUGGAACCAGUAAGUAUCAGACCGUUUUUUAACAGUAGGAACAACAAUCUAACCUGUAGCUACAGUAUAGCCUGCAAAAACAGCCACCCGGUUGUCACAAGACAAUCAGGCAGAUGUUUUUGCAGGCUAUAAUAACCUUAAGUGUUAAUAAGCCAGCUGUACAAUAUCUUGUAUUGUGUAACGUUUCUGGGAGUGGAUUUUUUAUUCUUGUUUUAUUAUUAGGGUCUUGCAAUUCUUAUUCCUUUUAUUGAACAAAUUAAAUACGUACAAAGUCUAAAAGAAGUUGCAACAGAAGUCCCAUCUCAGUCUGCUAUUACAUUAGGUAAGACAAGACUAUCAAUUUGUCAGGUAAAAAUGUGUUUAAAAUGAAGCGCUUUUAAUUACUACAGUUUAUAAUGAGAGUUGUUUUUUAUGUAUUUUUCAGACAACGUAACUCUGCAGCUCGAUGGUAUUUUAUAUUAUCGCGUUGAAGAUCCUUAUCAGGUGAAAUGAGUGUUUCCUUGUCUGCCCUAAGACUAUAUAUACAGAUAUGAGGUGUUUUCCAGGGUUUGUUGUUGUUGUUUGUUGCUGCUGUUGUUGUUGUUUCUCCUGCUGUUGUUAUUGUUGUUGUUGUUGUUUUUGUUGUUGUUGUUGUCCUUUGUUGCUGUUGUUGUUGCUGCUGCUACUGUAAGUUGUUGUUGUUGCUGUUGUUGUUCUUUGUUGUUGUUUGUAGUUGCUGUUGUUACUCCUGCUGCUGUUGUUGUUGUUAUUGUUGUUGUUGUUCUUUGUUGCUGUUGUUGCUGCUGUUGUUGUUGUUGUUGCUACUACUACUGUAAAUUGUUGUUGUUGCUGUUGUUGUUCUUUGUUGUUGUUGUCUGUUGUUGCUGUUGUUACUCCUGAGCUGCUGUUGUUGUUGUUGUUACUCAUGAGCUGCUGUUGUUGUUGUUGUUUGUUGUUGUUGUUGCUGCUGUUGUUGUUGUUGUUGUUGUUCUUUGUUUUGUUGUUUGUACUACUAUUUCAUAGAAAGUGUCACAUAAUGUUACAUCAUGUUAUAAUUGCCAGGCUUCGUAUGGUGUGGAAGAUUGCGAAUACGCCGUCACCCAGCUUGCUCAGACUACAAUGAGAUCUGAAUUAGGUAGAAUUCCUAACUUUUGAUGUUGUAUUUAAUAUGCAACUGUUUUAUUCACACAAAAUUCAUCCCUUACGUUGUUUAUGAAAAUUCCAGGAAAGAUUACACUGGAUAAAAUUUUCCAAGAAAGAACCUCGCUAAAUUCUAAUAUUGUCAGUAAGUAUACGAUAUGAUUGUACACUAUUAGAGACCGCCCAUUAUUUAUGGGGGAGGGUCCAAGAGAAAUGUCUUUCUUGGUAAAAUUUUUGCUGAUUCAACCAUCAGAAAUAAUUGAAAAAAUAAAUGUGUGUUCACUAUUCUGUAGAUGCGAUCAGCGAAGCGGCGUCUGCCUGGGGGAUUAAAUGUAAACGUUAUGAAAUACGUAAGUGCAAGGAUAGCUAUAUCAGUAAAUAACCGCGAACACGUAUUCUAUAAUUAAAAACUGUGUUACUUAACUGUAAUUUAUUCCAGGUGAUAUUCAACUACCAAGCAAAGUCAAAGAAGCUAUGCAGAUGCAGGUUUAAACUGUUAUGGGCCCAUUUCCACUCAAGAAAAAUUUCAACGGACAGAAAAUUUUCCGAAAAUGUCAUUGUUAAAAGUUGAAAAUUUUCAACUUCAAAAUUUUUUUCCGACGGAAAAUUUGUGUCGACCAAUCACAUUUUGAGUGGAACAUGUGCUUUUAUACCGCUAAGCUUUCCAGUUUUGAAACCAAUGACUUUUUUGCGUGCAACCUCGCUAACUUAACGUGUUUAUCGUUCAUUUCUUCGUUGAUAGGUUGAAGCUGAACGUAAAAAACGAGCGGCCAUACUCGAUUCUGAAGGUAGAAAUUAUUGCAUGCAAAGAUUUUAAAACGAAGAGUCUCAAAACUUUUCACAUAAAUAUACCACGUCACGUAAAGAUAGGUCUUUGUAAAUAUAUCUGUGUUGAAUUUUUCUGUUUCUGGUGCUAUGCACUCAGUCAGGUGAAGAUAUAGAGUGAUAACCUCUCUAUAAAUAUUUCAUUUCUGAGCACAUCACUACAUUUUCUCAGGUAAAAAGGUAGCUGCAAUCAAUGUGGCUGAGGGACAAAAACAAAGUCAGAUUCUUGCUUCUGAAGGUCGAAAAAUGGAACAGAUUAACACGGCGACCGGUACGUAAUUAUAACUUGAUAAAUGGUGCAAAAAUUGGUGCGCACUGCGUACAUGGAGUAAACCUAUAAAUGUAUCAAUUUCACAUUGAUAGUUUCACCACAUGUAAUGAUUUUGUUUUCAGGUGAAGCGAAUGCGAUUCUUGCGAAAGCGAACGCCAGAGCGGAAGCCAUUUUGAAAGUAUCAGAGUCUCUGUCACUUAAGGUAGCCACAGCUGUAGUUGGUUGUACAUAUAUGCUCACUUGGAUUAUCCACCAAACCCAUUCUCUGGCUAUAGAGCUUCGUUAAUGUGACAUUAUUUAAAGCCCAACUGAAUAGGCUCUAUAGUCAAGUUGAUGUACGUUCUGGAAACGUGUAUUUGUUAGUCCUCAAUGUGACAAAAUGUCAAAAGAAUAUUCUAAGACCCAGGGCGCAGUGGACGAAAGCCAACACCUAGGUUCUUUCAAAGAACGAUCAAAGUACACUAAUUCUAUUCGUUAACUUUGUUUCAGAGUGGUGAUAACGCCGCGGCACUCACUGUUGCAGAACAGUAUGUUCAAGCAUUUGGUAAUCUCGCCAAGACAAGUAACACUGUAAUACUCCCCGCUAACACGGGUGACGCCGCAUCCAUGGUCGCUCAGG